AAUCCCCAAACUUGAAAAAUCCAAGAUGAAUUGUAAAUAUUACUGUGACAGAUUUUUGGGCUGGGUGUUCAAUAACAAAAUCAUAGUGUUCCUCAGUUUACUAUGUUUCUGCUUGUUUGUGUCGACACUGGCUAUGGCUGGACAGAGAAACAGGCUUAGUAAUGAAUUGAGUGAUUUGACUAGUACUACUACAACUACAACUACGCCGCAACCAGAAACUGGAGAUAAUAAUACCGUUACAGAUGGAGGAACAGAGGACAAUAAUACAGGAAAUAAUAAUACAGAUACAGAUAACAUUAUUACAGGAGAGAAUAAUGCAGGUGGAAAUAAUAAUACCGAUACAGAUGACAGCAGUAAUGGACAUUCUGAGAUAGAUGAAGGAAAUACUGACACAGAAGAUGACGAAAGUAGCGCAGGUAGUGCCCCCUCUAAUCCCAAUUCUCCAGAAGCAGAACCAAACGCUAGAAAUGUAGAAGAGAGUAAACCAGAAGAACAUGCUUUACUUGAGCCUAGUAGAAAUAUUGGGUUGGACAGUAAUCUUCUUCAGAUUCUGGCCGGUGGUGCAUAAAAAAUAAAUAUAGUACGUGUAAAACAAGCUUUACUUGACCCUAGUACAAAUAUUGGGUUGGACAGUAAACUUCUACUUCAUAAAAUAAAUAUAGUGCGUGUAAAUAAUGUGUACAUACAUUUAAGUGGUAGAGGUUGUAAGUUAUUUGUAUUAACUGAAAAAAUAUUGUAAGCCUCAUCGAUCUAAACUGUCGCUGACGUUUUUAUGAUGAUUAUUUUAGAUACAUAAUAUUUAA